AUCUUCUCGCGAACGUUCCAAGGAUUAAUCAAUCAUUCGUGUGCUUUCUGGUUCGUGUUUAUACAGACUGUGCAACAUAUUUGUCAUCAGUUCUUGGCGUCUGUGCUUAACUGAAACAGAAUACAUUCCAAUUAUGAAUGCAAUUGAAAGCAAAGAAAGUUUCAUUUAUCACAAUACUAUCAAGUUGCCUUUUCGCGAUCAGGAAUCACUGCCAGCCAAGUGCGUACGCAGUACAUAACGUUAAAGGGACUCCUUUGUAACCGUGUUAUUGCCAGAUAUCGAAUAUCCGUUUUCUCAUUUCAGACAAUUUGUGAGGGUCAAGGCCCAGCUGCGGACCCAAUGUAAAAUUCUAAAGUGGAUGUGGGAAGCCAGGAGGAACAUUCACCCAUGCCUUCGCUUUGGUUACUUUUGAUACUGAAUUUAGCGCCAAUAAUGCCAUUGACAUCAGUCGGUCCGGCGCUGUGCACAAGCGGCGGUGAAAAGAGCGAUACGUUUGUGUUUCGAGAUCAUUAUGGGAACAGUCCUGGCUUCCAUGAGGUGCAUUUCAAUUUGAAUUUUUCCUGCGUUUGGUCCGCCAUCGAUCCGGAAUCUGGGAAUAACACGCAGCCGUGUCUGAACGCCGUGAAGAUAUUGCCGAAAAGAAUUUCCGGAGAUAAAGAAAACAUCUACAUAAAAACUGAGGAAUUCAUAAGCGAGAUAACACAUCUUAUUCCUAACGUUAAGCUGACUAACUUCACGGGAGAUUUUAAGCAGGGUUUGUGGAACGGUAAGAAGCAUAAGAAAAAUCGUCCGAGGCUCGAGAAGAGGCUGCAGAUCGGCAUUUAUCGUAGUCACAGUAUCAAUCCUGGACAGAAAUUCAACUCCUGGCAGCACAACGUUUCUCGCAUGGAAUCCGACGUCACGGAUACCGCUGAAAUAUCAACGUCAUCGCGCAAUAAUUCUCGCGGAAUACACGAGAACAGGUCUCAGCCGAUUACGCGAGAAAAUUGCACUAACAAGUAUACCGGAAGUAUCAACUGUGCUGAUGAUGUAAUUGACCAUUUCAGAUCAACGUGGCCGGUUCACCUGUGGCUGGCACAAAAUUUUUCAUCGUUCAACACCCACUGGCUAAAGUUUCCGCCGCCUUCUCCGGCCGCUUAUUACACUCUGGCUGCUCUUUACGCAGUUAUUAUGGUGUUCGGCGUUUGCGGCAACGCAUUUGCCAUCUACAUGUUCUUAAGAUGCCGAUCCCUGCGAACGCCCGCCAAUGUUCUGGUAAUGAAUUUGGCUGUCAGCGAUCUUCUACUACUCAGCAAAAUGCCGAUAUUUAUCUACAACAGUAUCUACCACGGACCGGCGCUCGGAAAUUUCGCCUGUCAAUUAUACGGGUUCCUCGGUGGUCUGACUGGGACCGUUUCUAUCAUGACCCUAGCCAGUAUCGCUGCCGACAGGUACAACGUGGUUGCGGAACCGUUCAAGCGGACGACCUACGCCAGAGCUCGGGUCACCGUCGUCCUGACAUGGGUCUACGGGGUGACAUUCGCCGGCCUUCCACUGGUCAUUCCCAGCCUCGGAAGAUACAAGCCCGAGGGCUAUUUGACCAGCUGUAGCUUUGACUACCUCACUCCAGAGCCCAGGGUUAAAGCAUUCAUUUUAUGCUUCUUCGUCGCAGCCUGGCUCCUGCCCUUUGGACUGAUAUCCUUCUGCUACAUCGGGAUACUUCGCGUCGUUAUGGCCGCUCGUCACUUGAACGUCGGCGAUCAGGUCGUCGAGACUUCCAACAAACACUGCCGGGAGGAAGAGAAAAGGCGGACGGAGCUAAGAUUGGCGUUCGUAGUGAUCGGUAUAAUCGGGAUGUGGUUCGUCUCGUGGAGUCCUUACGCGGUGGUCGCGCUUCUCGGCGUCUUCGGGCAGAGUCACCUGGUCACACCUUUGGCCAGCAUGGUCCCAGCCCUCUUCUGCAAGACGGCUUCCUGCCUGGAUCCCUACGUCUACGCGGUUGCCCAUCCUCGGUUCAGAAGCGAGCUUCAUCAUCUGACGAAACGUAGCCGACGCAAACGCUCCGCCAGACAGUGGAGCCCUCAGCACCGGAGUCAAACGACCUGUCCACGUCUAACGCGGCAUCCGGAUGGCCUCGACAACGGCGUCGAAGAGGAAAUGCAGAGCCUCGGAAGUAUCGAGAUAAUAUCGAUGGCAUCGCGUCGAUCAGUUUCCAGAGAUACAGCGACGAACUUCAGUUCCUCGGUCAGAACCACGAGCUGCUCUUUUAACCAACCCAGGACUGUCCUGGCGUUGUAUAGCGACUCACCGGAAAUCGGGUGAUCAAGACCAGAUUUUAUUUUACAGGAUUCUUCCGUAUCAGGAUAAUCGUUGUUUGACAUAAGUCGUUGAUUGAGUAAAAU